UCCUCGUACAUCUAUACAUUACGGUCUGUAGCUGGGAGCAUCCUCGACAUGCCAUCUCCAAAUUUUGCCGCAUUGUUUGAUUGUGCAGCUGUCCAGCAGAUGACAGAUGUGAUUGGGUGGGUAGCAGGGAAGGGAAAGGAGUUCAACAUACUCAAUGCACCUAUUAUCUACCCUAACCUGAAGGUCAAUGCUAAGAAGGUAUUCGGAAACUGGCUCAUGAUCACUAAGUUCAUUAAGGUCGCAAUCAGUGGGAAAAUGUCAAUAUAUUCCAAGUCCAGACGUAGCGGAGGCCUGAACCCCUACUCAAAACUAUGGAAGCUGAAAGGUUGUACACCUGGUUUAAUUGCGUGUGGUGUGACCGCACUUAUUUUCAUUUUGUCUCCUGAUCAGCAGUUCCCGGGAUCAGGCAUCGGCACUAUGUCAUCAAUCCCCUACUUGACUGUCUUCCGAACUGUGAAGAGAUUUUUCGUCACCCAAUGGAACCACGCACGUGUUCAAGACAUUGUCAAGAAUAUGAACAAUUAUAUCUUCAAAGAUGUUGAUGAGACAUCGCGUGACAUUAGCCAUAAUGUCAAUGAUACUGGCAAGGAUCUUAGUGAUUCACUAGAUUGGGUCAUGGCAUGCUUAGACGAUGACGAUUCAUCUGAAUCAGAUGAUGAGAACCAUAUCGCGGCACCA